AUGGUGGCCGUAGGCCUCAUCUGGGGCGCAACCAACGCCUUAAUCCGCCGCGGGGCUCUGCUGUACGACAAAAGAUCUCCCGGAUCUCCCGCCGCCGCACCAAAUUCGACUGCGCUCCACCGGAAGCUCAUCUCUUCGCUCGGAAGCGUGAUCAGCCUCCUGCUGUUCUGGCAGUAUUCGAUCCCUUUCUUGAUCAACCUCUCUGCUUCCGCCACUUUCUUCGCUCUCCUCAGCGACGCCCCAAUUUCGCUCGCCGUCCCUGUCACCAACGCCACGACGUUCGCCGCCACCGCCGUGUUCGCCAUGCUCCUGGGCGAAGAAACUCGGAUUGGGUUUGCAUUGAUCGGUACGGGGUUCAUUGUGAUUGGAAUUUGGCUUUGUAUCACCUAA